AUGGCACCACGUACCAGGGAAGAGCUCGUUGCUCUAGCGGUUAUGGAUCCCGCCAUGGCCACUAUCCUGGAAAAUGGCCCAGCAGUGCGCCCUCCAAGGCCAUCAGACCCUUACUAUGGGCGUAAGGACCAUACAGCAGCUAGGGAACACAGGGCCACUAUAUUGAGAGAAAAGUGGGGGCUUCGAUACCUUCCUGGACCGAUUGAUGAAGUUGCUGAAGAGGACCGGAACAUACCCGUCCGUGAUGGCUCAGAAAUAACAGUCAGAAUAUACAAACCGGUAGCUAAGAAACAGGAUGGAAGCCCAUUAAUCGUCAUGUUCCACGAGGGUGGCUGGGGUAUGGGAGAUUUGACAGAUGAAGAAGUUAACUGUCGACUCUUCUCUCGGGACCUGGGUGCCAUUUGCGUCAACGUGGAGUACAGGCUUGCUCCAGAGUAUCCAUUCCCGACCUGGAUCAAUGACUCUUGGGAUGCCCUUCAAUGGUGUGCUAGGAAUGCCUCGGCGCUCGGUGCCGACCCCUCAAGGGGAUUUAUAGUUGGGGGCGGGUCAGCAGGCGGGAAUAUAGCCGCCGUUCUUGCACAUAUUGCACGAGACGAACAGCUAUCUCCACCUUUAACUGGCCAAUAUCUCUGUGUCCCUGCCAUUAUGUGCUUUCUGCCACCUUCUCAUAUCCCCGUUCAAUAUCAAGCGGAAUUCCUCUCCCACCCCCUUGUGACGCCUUGCAAUGACCCCAUUCUUAAUGUGUCACUGGGAUCAUUCACUCCACUUGCGUCGGUUCCAAGGUUCAUACUCAGCCUUCUGCCCUUGAACCUUUUAGCAAAGGUAUACAGUAUUGCGGGAAUGAGUGGUGAUAUGUCUAGUCCUUUGUUUGUGCCUUUCCUCUAUGGUCAAGGGGAACGCGGCCAUCGGGAUCUCCCGCCAGCCUACUUUCAAGUUUGUGGACUAGAUCCCCUGAGAGACGAGGCUCUGAUAUAUGAACGAGUUCUAAGGGAGGAGGCUGGAGUGAAGACGAAAGUUGACAUGUAUAAGGGUCUCGGACACUACUUUUGGACGAAUUUUCCCGAGCUUGAAGUGAGCAGGACCUUUGUGGAGGACACCGUCAAAGGCAUGAGAUGGCUACUGGAAGGAAAAUGUUAA